GGGAGAUCCUUCUCUCUUUGAUCUCUUGCUCUCUCCAUCUCCAUAUCCUUCUUCAAACAUCCUUGUUUCACAUCGCCUGUACCUCUCGCUCAGACAGGCUCCUUCCUUCUUGCUGCCAUUCUCCACCACUCGCUCAGCCUCGCAGCUUCCUCUUGCUCUCCGUACCAGGCCCUCUCUUAAUAUCUCCUAGCCGACUCAAAGAGGUGCCCAUUGCCAAUACUCUCUGCUGUACAUCUUUCCACCACCACAUUCAAAAGUCAACAUGCUCUCCAAGUACAUCUCCAGUGCGGCCGUCCUGGCCCUGGCCCAGCUCGCUGCUGCCCAGACUCACACUGACUGCAACCCCAUGGAGAAGACCUGCAAGAACGACCCCGCGCUCGGCACCACCAUCGACGCUGACUUCACCCAGGGCCAGAGCCCCUACUUCUACGAGUUUGCCGGCACCACCAUCAACUACACCAAGGACGGCGCCCUCUUCACCAUCAAGAAGGAGACCGAUGCCCCCACUGUCGGCAGCCACAAGUACAUCUUCUUUGGCAAGAUCGACGUGACCAUCCGUGCCGCCCCGGGCAACGGUGUCGUCACCUCGUUCGUCCUCCAGUCGGACAACCUCGACGAGAUCGACUGGGAGUGGCUCGGCGGUGAUGUCAAGCAGGUCCAGACCAACUACUUCGGCAAGGGCGACACCACCACCUACGACCGUGGUGCCUACCACCCGGUCGCGAACCCUCAGCUCGAGGACCACACCUACACCAUCGACUGGACCAAGGACUACGUCAAGUGGUACAUUGACGGUGCGCUUGUCCGCACCCUCCUGUACAAGGAUGCCCAGGGUGGUACUCGCUUCCCCCAGACCCCCAUGCAGAUCAAGCUUGGAAGCUGGGUUGCUGGCCGCAAGGACGCCCCCGAGGGUACUGUCCAGUGGGCUGGUGGUUACACCGACUUCAGCCAGGGCCCCUUCGUCGCCUACUACAAGGACAUCAAGAUCACCGACUACAGCAACGGCGUCAAGGGUGCCAAGGAGUACGUCUGGGCCCCUGCCCCCAACAACGGCGCCUACACCGACAUCACUGUCAGCACCAGCGGUGGUUCCGGCUCCGCUGAGGAGGGUGGUUCCGUCGCCGCCAGCUCCACUGCCUCUUCUGCUGCCGCUACCAAGACCUCGACCCUGAUCACCAGCACCAAGUCUGCUUCUGCCACCAAGACGUCGAGCUCCGCGACUGCCACUGGCACCUCUUCUGACCAGCCCACCACCACUGGCAACGCCAACGCCAUUGUCUCUGCCACUCCCAGCGGCGCUGCUACCCCCAGCACGUCGCCUGUCCCUGGCGCUGCCUUCAAGAACUCGUUCAGCCCCAUUGCCCUGGGUGCUGCUCUUGUCGCUGCCAUUGUUUUCUAAGUUAUACCCAGAGACAGACCUGAGCGUGUUCGUUCUAGCGUUUGGCUUUUGUUCUUCAGCAUUGCUACCUUUUGCUUCACGCGGUCCAGACAGCAUCUCUCGUUGAUGCGGCGCUGCGGCCGGCGCAUGCGGUCAAUGAUUAUGGCGUUCACCCGGAAAAGCUGCCACAGCCGAGCACGUCUGGGGUUGCGGGGAUCGAUGAGCGCAUUGAAUGUUAUAUAGGGGAGAGCGGCACCGAUACUGGCUGGAGAUACGCCCGUCGCGUGGCCUGUAGAUAAUGAUACCAUAGAGGGAGAAAAAAAUGCUGCAUUAUUUGAACAAACAUUAUUACAUC